AUGGUGUAUAUUUAUAGAAUGUCUUUUUUGGCAUCUAAAACUACAACCCCAUUAAUGCAAACCGCAAAGGCCACUCAGAGAAAAAUAUCUACAGUAGCACCGGCUGGACUCGAUAGAUUCAUGAAACAGCAUGAAAAUGUUAUUCCAGUUGAUGCUUCAUGGUAUAUGCCGAACGUUCCAAUGAACGCUUACACUGAAUAUAUGAAAAGUCGGAUUGAAAAUGCUGUUUUCUUUGACAUUGAAGCUGUCAAGGACAACAGUUCCAAAUAUCCGCAUAUGCUUCCAACAAAAGAAGUGUUUGAACAGGAGGUGAGAAGUCUUGGAAUCAAAAAUGAUUCGGAUAUUCUCUUCUAUGAUCAACAAGGAGUGUUCAGUCUCUGCCGUGCUGCGUGGAUGUUUGAGAUCUUUGGUCAUGACCCUACAAAGUUACACAUUCUCAACACGUACCCUGCAUAUGCGAAAAACCAUGCUGAUCCAAAUUUGGUGAUGGUGGUUCACAACCUCAAAACUAUUAUGGACAGAAACAUUGCAACCUCAAAGUCACCCCACCCGGAAUCCGAGUAUGUUGCAACAUUCGAUCCGUCCAAAGUUAUCACGUAUGAGCAACUCUUGAAACUGGUGCAAGAAGAUAAGAUCGGUACCGAAUAUACUUUGGUCGAUGCUAGAUCAACGUUGAGGUUUACAGGGGAGGCACCCGAACCUAGAAAAGGCCUGUCCUCGGGCCAUAUUAAGAAUGCAAUCAACCUUCCUUUCACUGAGCUGCUCACCCCAGAAAAGGCUCUCCUCUCUUCUAUGUCCAUAACCAAUAUUCUAAAGGAAAGAGGUAUUGACGAGAGUAAACCAAUCAUUGUCAUGUGUGGUACUGGUGUCACUGCAUGUGUAGUCAGAGCUGCCAUGCAACUUGUGGGUUUUGAUUCUAGCAAGAUCGCUGUUUAUGAUGGCUCGUGGACAGAAUGGGCAAUGCGGGCACCUGAGCCUUUGAUUGUGAAGGACGUUUAG